AUGUCGUCGCUCAUCGCCAGGACCCUGACGGCCCUCCUCUGGCUUAUAGUGAUCACAGUCAUCAGCAAUAUUGUCAAGCAACUGUUCUUCCGAGAUCCUCACAGGCCACCAGUGGUAUGGCACUGGUUCCCCUUGAUUGGUAGCACCGUCGACUAUGGGCAAGACCCGUACCGGUUCUUCUUCAAGUGCCGAGAAAAGUACGGUGACUUCUUCACAUUUGGGCUGCUCGGGAUGAAAGUCACGGUAUAUCUGGGGGCCAAGGGCAACAAUUUCAUCUUGAAUGGGAAGCUGAAGGAUCUCAAUGCGGAAGAGGUCUAUGGCCCACUGACGGUGCCGGUCUUCGGUCGCGGCGUGGUGUACGACGUGGACAAUGCCAGGUUCAUGGACCAGAAAAGGUUGCUGAAGGAAGGCUUCACCAGCACGAACCUGCGCGCAUACGUUCCCCAGUUCAUCAAAGAAACCGAGCAGUACAUCAACACCAACGCGACCUUCCAGGGCAAUGACGGUGGGGUGUGCGACAUAUCCACGGUGCUCUCUGAGAUCUCCCUGUACGCGGCGGCAGGCUCGCUGCAGGGAAAGGAGGUGCGGGAUUCCUUCGACUCCUCGUUCGCCACGUACUACCGCCAUCUCGACGACGGCUUCGCACCCGUCAACUUCAUGUUCCCGUGGCUGCCUACCCCCGUCAACCGGCGACGCGAUCGCGCCCAAAAGAUGAUGGCGAAGCUAUACAUGGACAUCAUCCAGAGGCGACGGGCAUCGGGCAACGGGGACGGCAGCCACGACAUGCUCUGGGCCCUCAUGGACGGGCGCUACAAGGACGGCACGCCUCUCGCCGACGAGGAGAUCGCCAACCUCAUGAUCGCCUUGCUCAUGGGCGGGCAGCACAACACCGCCGCCUCGGGCACCUGGAUCAUGCUGCACCUCGCCCACCGUCCGCACCUCGUGGAAGAGCUGUACCAAGAGCAGCUCCGCGUCCUGGGCGACGACGACCAGGCCCCAACGUACGAGACACUGCAGGAGCUGACACUGCACAACAAUGUCAUCAAGGAGACGUUGCGCCUGCACAGCCCCAUCCACUCGAUCAUGCGCAAGGUCAAGCGGCCGAUGCCGAUUCCCGAGACGGGCGUCGUCGUCCCCGCAGGCCACAUCCUGCUCGCAGCCCCCGGAGUCCCGUCGCGAUGCGAGGAAUUCUUCCCGGAACCCCUGGCAUGGAAUCCGCAUCGAUGGGAUAAACCAGAUGAGGCUGAGCAGCAGCAGCAGCAGCAGCAAGAACAACAACAGUGGUUGGACGGAAAGGUCGAGGAUCACGACACGGUCGAUUACGGAUAUGGAGCCGUCUCCUCGAAGGCUGUCUACAGCCCGUAUCUGCCCUUUGGGGCUGGUCGACAUCGGUGCGUUGGGGAGACUUUUGCCUACGCGCAGCUGGGAGCCAUAUUGGCGACGGUGGUGAGACUGCUGCAGUGGGAACAAGUCGACCCCCAGGCGCCGGUGCCCGCCACGGACUAUUCGGUAAGUGCUAUCUAUGGAUGCUGUAUGCAUGAGGCCUUCUCCAAAGCACUGGCCCAGGGUCAGCUUUCUCCUGAGUCUUCAGAGAUCCGAGAGAGUGUGGUAGUGCCAGCUAACUAA